AUGGAAGUCAAAGUGAUAAGCCGAUCAGGGAAAGAUCUCGGAUCUUUCUCUAUUACUGACAAAAUCAAAGUUAAAGAUUUCAAGAAAAUGUUCAACCAGAAACGUAAGCCAUAAUCAGACAAACAAUUCUACCCAGCCCGUCAAAAGUUCACAGUCAAAACUCCAACAGGGCCAGCUGUCAAUGAUGACGAUAAGCUGCUGGUGGAGUUCCUUCAGACUGACCAAUUACUCGUUUUCAGAGAUCUCGGGACACAGUUAAGCUGGACUUUUGUGUAUGUUGUCGAAUAUGCUGGACCAUUGCUGAUUUGUCCUGCCCUCUACUAUUUCCCCAAGCUCUUCUACGGGACUGCAGCUCCUAAGUCUCUAACCCAGAAAACAGGUUUUUUGCUUUUGAUGGGGCAUUUCUUGAAAAGAGAACUGGAAUCCUUAUUUAUCCACCGUUUUUCAAGUGCGACGAUGCCAUUGAAAAACUUAUUCAUUAAUUGUGCUUACUAUUGGCUGCUUAAUGGAGCUUUUAUUGGCUAUUUCUUAUUCCACCCGAAAUAUACUGAGCCGAAAUUUUCUAAGGCAACUUUUGCUGCUUUAUUAGCAAUUUUUCUAGGAUCUGAAGGGCUGAACUUUUUGUGCCAUAAAACAUUGAGGGAUUUAAGACCUGCAGGAACGAAGACUAGAGGGAUACCUAAGGGAUACGGGUUUAAUUUGGUAAGCUGUGCUAAUUACUUCUGGGAGGUUAUUUCGUGGGCAAGCUUUGCGGGGCUCUCAAAGUGUGUGCCAGCGUAUGUUUUCUUAGCAGCGACUGUUUUUAUUCUUUCUAAUUGGGCUUCAAUGAGACACAAAAAAUAUGUGAAGGAAUUUGAUGGAAAAGAAGGAAGGCCUCUAUAUCCAAAGUCAAGGAAGGCUUUAUUCCCAUUCGUAUUUUAA